AUACUUGGUCUGCCUUACAUUCUCGGCACAGAGGCUCGAUGGCCGUUGAUCUUUGGAUUUACUGUUGUGCCAUCUGUCAUUCAAGUGAUCACUCUUCCACUUAUUCCGGAAUCACCGCGUUAUACUCUUUGUGUACGCGGUCAACCGGAUAAGGCUGCCAAGGAUCUCAAGAAGUUGAGAGGAUCGGAAGAUGUGGGUAAAUGCUGA